AUGUCCCAGGAGAUCUACUACUAUGCCGGGGAUGGAGCUAGGAUCACCCAAGAUGAUGUGACAUCUACUGCGAUGACCUUGCAGGCCCAAACCCAACCUGAUGCCAAAACCCUCUCCGACUUGACAGCGGAGGGCGCUCCUCUUGCGGCUGAAGCUUUGCCAGACCUCCAAACGGUCGGUGCGGAUGGAAGCAAGGGUGUGUGGACGGCUAUGGGCUCUACGGUUUCCAAGGCUAGGAUCAAGAAAAGGGAGGACACCGAACAGGCGGUUGAGGUGAAGCCAAAGACUUCCCAAGAGAGAGCAAAAGACACUAUGAAGGCACUUCUCGCUGAAGCUGGAGAAGCCAGGAAGCUCAGUAUCUCCCUCCAGGCUGUUGAAUAUGGCGGUGAGUUGACAAAGCAGUUGCUGGAUGAGUCCAAGAAAAUGGAAAAGCUGUUCACCAACUACACAGACCUUGUGAAGCGCAAAGUCACCGAUGACUCCAAGUAUGACUCUGCAGCUGAUCAGGCCGACCAGAAAAUGAAAUGGCUCGAGAAGGCUAAGGCUGCGGCAAAAUCUUUGCUUGCUGGCCUGAACAAGAAGGCGCCGAAGAAGAAGGCAGCCAAGAAGGAGAAAGUCGCGGCCGCCUCGUGA